CUUCCAGUUUACCACCAUCCAUUCGCCCUGUUUACCACACAUCCAUUCGCCCUUAGACAAUUUAGUUGUACAUUAUUUUUCUUUGAGUCUGUUUUUUCCCUGUUGAUCAUAAUGCAAUACUGAUUUACUCGCAACAACUUCACGAACAGCUCAAAUCCUCAAGUCCACAGCAAUGCCCGUAGAUUUUGUCGCAAAUGUAAUAUGGGGGAAAGUUACCUGGCUUCCUAGUCUUUGGACUAUGGCCAAGGUAGUGCCAAUUGUUUGUUUCAUUGUCUUGGCGAAGCUUUUCUCUGCGGGAGCGAAAAAUACAUCAGAAAGGAAGAUGCAUGGGAAAGUGGUUAUGGUGACAGGAGGGACGUCUGGUAUAGGCGCUGCAGCAGUUCUAGAACUAGCAUCUCGAGGAGCACAGAUAGUUCUUCUCACACGCCAAUCUCCAUCGGAUAUGUUCCUCGUCGACUAUAUCGAAGAUUUGCGGGAAAGAACCAGGAACGAAUUGAUUUACGCUGAACAAGUCGAUCUCUCAUCUUUGUAUAGCAUUCGGAAAUUUGCUACGAAAUGGAUCAACAAUGCACCACCACGACGACUGGAUAUGAUCGUACUAUGCGCUGCCACACUUACUCCUCCGGGAAAACCUCGUGUUACAACAAAAGAGGGUAUAGAAGAAACCUGGAUGGUUAACUACUUGGCAAAUUUUCAUCUUCUAAGUAUUCUCAGUCCCGCAAUUCGCGCCCAACCACCAGAUCGGGAUGUGCGAAUUAUAUUAGCAACCUGCUCGUCUUAUAAUAAAAGUCCCACUAUUGGAGAUGGUAGUGAUGCGAUAAAGAAGAAAGAUUGGAACCCCUCAGCAGCAUAUGCCAGGAGUAAGAUGGCAUUGAUGAUUUUUGGACAAGCCUUUCAGAAGCAUCUGGAGUCAUACAAACGACCCGAUGAAGCGGUUAUGAACGCACGAGUCAUAUUUGUGGACCCCGGAUAUUGUCGCACACCAGGUUUCAGAAGAUGGUUCUCCCGGGGUACAUUGUCGGGGUUGGCAUUAUAUGUCAUGUUAUGGCAAAAUGUUUGGCUUAUAUUGAAAAGCUCUCAAGGAGGUGCUCAGAGUAUUUGCUACUCCGCUAUGGAAGCAACAUUAGGAAGAGGGCCUGGUGGAAAGCUCAUCAAAGAGUGCAGAGAAAUAGAUUUCGCUACUUCUGAUAUCAAAGACGAAACUAUCGCAAAGAAGUUAUGGGAAGGUAGUGAGAAGUUGAUCGAGAGAGUUGAAAGAGAAGAAGCCGUUAAAAGAGCUUUAGAGAAGAAAGAGAAAGAGGCGGCUGAAAAGGCAAAUGGAGCAAGUGAGAAACCCUCCGACAACUCCGGCAAUACAGGAACAGCGCCGGAGAAUUCUAAAGGAAAAUCUAGAAGGCAACGCAAAGCGAAGUGAGAGACCGGGGAACGGAACAGCAUAUAGCAUUGCGGCGGAGUCUCCAAUAUAAUAUUUUCGGAUACCAGGCUCAAUAUAUCAUCUUUCUGUGAAGCUCGACAACUCUUAUCCAUGUUGUUUCCAUAUUUUACAUAUAUUCUGCAACCAGGCGAAAUAGGGCAACUAUAACCUCAUCAUGUUAAAGUAAUGGACCAUAUUGAUCAUGCUAAUUUAUCACGGUAGCUAGAUAGCCCACAGAUCAGCGGACGUUACUAUGCAUCAUGUCAGGCACUUUUCAGGUAUUUGUACUUCCUUGCAUCCUCAUGUUCAAUGUCUACAAUGAAUAAUCCCAUGUUUAAGAAUGCCAAAGUUUGUGCUUGUACGUUAAUGGAGUAUUGGUCUGAUAUGGUAAUGAUCUGAUAUUGGAACUGACCUCCGUAGAACAAAACCUUAUGAGUUGGAUAUAUUGAAUGAGAAUUUCUUAUUAUAUUAUUUUACCUUGAUUAUGAAGGAGCAUUGUUUCAUUCAAGGUUGGCGCGAGGUGUGCAAAGCUUUUCAAGGUAAGUCGAAUGAUGUAUUUGCUUGAUUUCGCAACAACAUUUAUGCCCGGGUCGGCGGCGGGUCGUGAUUCGUGCCAAGCUAACAUGCUGUGAAAUGGUAGUUCAUUGCAAAUGAUACAUGGGAGAUGUUCGAACGGGUUCCUCUACGACAUCUAUCCACAGAUUCAUGAAGACCGUGUCACCUAUUAUCCACCGCGGAAGUAGGUGAUAAUGCGUGUCGUUCUCCGCUUCACAGCAUCCUGACGCUCUGCGGUCAACAAAGCAGAUGAUAUAACUGAUUCUCGAUUGAAGAGUUCGUUCUGCAGGAAUUAGGCCAGUAAUUUUUGUGGUUCUGACGAAUCAAAGCACGCUCUCACGGCACCUUUCGCUAACAUUGCCAUUUCUCUUCGAUCGUGUGGGUCUUACUUGGCA